AUAAGAUUUAGAGAUAUAGUUUAACGUUGAGGGGAGGAUUUUCCAUUGAAGAUAAAGUGUUAUGAUAGUAUAGUUCAAAAAUAAAAACUAUUUUCUCCUCUUACCAAACAAAAACUUAAAACUAAGUAGACCAUUAAUGAAAAAGACAGAGUUACUGUUACCCAAAAGGCAUGAAACAAAGGCCUAACUACAAAAUGAAAACCUUGAAAAGAAGCAUAAAUGAUAGGCACUCAAGGAUGGGGAAGAAAUCAAUUGGAACCAAGCAAAAUUAAAGAGUACUCUUAGAGAAGAGGGAGCCAAACACUUGGCAGAAAUUGAAGGGUUCAAAGGAAGCAAUGGGAGUGUCCUUUUGCAGACAAACAAAGAGAGAAGCUGUUCAAAAAAGGUUCUUCUUACCAGAAACGUCUAACAAAUUUCCCAUUCAGUGGAGCACUUGAGGGGCAGCUCAGAAAGGCCAAAAUGCAAUCUAUUGGAAAGUUACAAGCCUUGACCCAUGUGCUCUUCCCCCCCCUACUCCCAUCCUCCUUCUCUCUGUUAUUAACCCUUCUCCUUCCUUUCUAUGUAAAAACUAUUACCACUGUUUCUUAAAAUCAUAUCCAAUUUCUUACCAUGUUGCUCUUCUUUUACCUUCACCUUUUUACCUAAUGUUACCAACUUUACCAUGCUCUUUUGUCACAUAUCGAAGUUGGAUCAGGAUUCCUUCAAUGGGAGCACAAAGAAUGUUUUAAAGGACGUUUUGUCUUAUCUGACAAAGAUAACAAUCGAAUCUCGAGUAAUUUUUUUACUGUAUGAACUUUUGCCUGUAAAACUAUCAUUAGUGGUAGAAAUCCCUCCUCAUUUAACCCAAAGUCAACAUUUUUGGGACACAUAUCUCUUAAUUCACGAGUUAGUCAAUAUUAUUAGACUAGAGUCAAGAUUUCUAGGAUUGAGCCCAUUAUGUCCAUCUAGAAAAUAAGAAAAAUAAAAUUAUAGCGUGAUAAAAAUAUCUUUGUAUCAAUUUUCUCAGACCAAGUCCAAAUCUUCAAGUCACAAAAAAAAAACUAUGAUAUCCUUUUCACUCAUAACUUAUUUUCCUCAAUGUUAUACUUGUUCAAAUGUAUGUCAUCAACUAGAGAUUGGAAGGUUUAGUCUUCUUUUUUUAAUCUAUUAAUUUUACCUUCAAGAUUUCACAAACUCUACUUUGAAUUCACCCAUUCUGUCAUAAAACUCGGCAGAUCCUUUCAAAAUUUGAUAGAAACCAGCUUCUAUAAAUGAAAAGGGAUGUGAAGAAUCAAAGGACCAGAAUGAAAUAAAUGGGGUAAGGGAGGAAUAUGUUUUAGAAAAAACGUAGCCAAAACUAGGGGAACUUUUAGGGGAGAAGGGGGUAUUUAUUUUUCCUAAAUAGUCUCAAUGAUUUCACUAACACUUGCGUUUUAGCCUUUUAGCGCUGGCAAACUAUAAAGAUAUGUUCCAGAAAAGAAGCAUGUGGUGCAUAUGUACAUUAAUUUAGAUUAUAGCCUAUGGGUUUUUCAAUAUUAUUAUAUCAAAUUUACUUUAGUGGGUGGGGAAGUAAAGAAUUAUCCCCAAAUCCUACCAGAAAAGUAAUCAAAAUAUUGUGUGAGAAAGAAAUAUCCCUUUCAGGUCCUUUCCCCUCAUUUCCUCUUCAAAUUUUUUAAUUGAAUGUGGAAUAUUAAUGCUCCCCUCCUUUGCAAUCGAAUCUUACCAGAUUAAAGAGAAAACCCCAAAUAAAUUAUGAAAGGAAGAAAGAAUGAAAAAACCCAUCAAAUAUGGAUCCUGAGAUACAUUGAGUUGUCUUCCACUUUUAAGGAGGGAGAAAAACAGAAAAGAACAAAAGAGAGCCACUUAAUUUGAGAUUAAAGCUCAGAACUUUCCUAGGAUAAGUCCUGAUUAAUUGUAUUUGUAGUUCUAAGGAAUUAGGGGUUGUCCGCUUUCUUGGAAGCUGAUUUUGGUUCAUGGAGAGGCCCCAGAAGUCGUCACUGUCAAUUAUUGAACCCAAAACAGAGCCCCAUUAGUUGAUUUCUCAGCCAAAUUGGAGUAAACCCAUCUCGGAUUUCAUGUUUUUGAUACAAUAUUUGGCUUGUCUGAAAAUAAUCUGGGCCGUCAAUUGGUUGGUAGACAGAUAAUAUCCGAAUAGGAUGUUGUCAAAUUUGAAGAUGGUAAAUCUGUGAGAGUGAAAAACCAAGCUCUGCUGUAGCUUCUAUAUGCAUGGCGGAUAGAGAGUGGAACUAGUAGAAAUACGGGUCAAUUAGAGGCUGUUUAAAAACCAUUUCCUACGUUUCAUGUUCUCCAAAAUUAUACAGAUAGAGAAACCAAAGUGGGCCAUUUCUUGUCUCUCCCACUUUUUGCCAACAGAUAGAAAAGAAAGAAUCAUCUAUAAAAAGUUGCCCCAAGUCAUCGUUUUCCUUGAACGAUCACUGCCUCCAAAUGGGAAUUAUGGAGUACCAUCAAGCUUUUCAUAAUUCAGACACAUAUUUCGAUCGAUCUUACUCUUCUUCUUCUUCUUAUUCUUCUCCAUGUCUCACUACUUUCAAGGGUCACUCUUCUUACAUCUCUUCUCUGACUCUCGCCGGAAAAUUCCUCUACUCUGGUUCAUCCGACAAAGAAAUCCGAUCAUGGAGACGAAACCCAAUUCAAAACUGUGAAGAAAAUCAGGAAGAGUUUCAGAAUAAUAUGGUUACUGCCGGACAUGGCGCAGUGAAAUCUCUAGUUGUUUCAUCUGAUAAACUUUACAGCGCCCAUCAGGACCAUAAAAUUCGCGUUUGGAAAAUCUCUAAUGAUUUCGAUCAACAACAAAAGUACACGCGCUUGGCCACGCUGCCAACGCUCGGCGACCGGACGGCCAGGCUUUUGAUGCCCAAUAAUCAGGUCCAGAUCCGACGGCACAAGAAAUGCACAUGGGUUCAUCAUGUCGAUACGGUUUCGGCUCUUGCUCUGUCAAACGAUGAGUCGCUUCUGUACUCCGUCUCGUGGGAUCGGACUCUCAAAAUCUGGCGGACUUCCGAUUUCAAAUGCUUGGAGUCCGUUGCCGGAGCCCACGACGACGCCAUAAACGCCGUCGCGCUCGCUGGCGACGGCGACGUGUACACCGGAUCGACGGACAAGAGAAUCAAAGUCUGGAGAAAAAACCCAGAUGGAAAAAGGCAUUUUUUGGUCCAAACACUUGAGAAGCACAGCUCGGGAAUUAAUGCCUUGGCCCUCGCCGGCGAUGGGUCGGUUUUAUUUUCCGGCGCCUGCGACAGGUCGGUCCUGAUUUGGGAGAAGGAGGAAGGGGGUGGAUUUAUGGAGUUGGUGGGUGUGUUGAGAGGCCAUUCGAAGGCCAUAUUGUGUUUGGCUGUGGUGUUGGAUUUGGUCUGUAGUGGCUCUGCAGACAAGACGAUCAGAAUUUGGAAAAGGGUCGUCGCCGGAAGCGGAAAUUAUGUAUGUUUGACGGUUUUGGAAGGGCAUAACGGUCCCGUGAAAUGUCUGGCGGCGGCGGUUGAUCGGUACAACCAAAACGACAGGUCGUUAAUGGUUUACAGUGGUGGUUUGGACUGUGAUAUCAAGGCGUGGCAGAUUUGUGUUCCUCAUGUUUAAAUUGAAACUUUUAUUGAUCUUUUUUGGGGUUCUUUGAGGGAUUUGUGUACAUAUUAUCAAUGAGUUUAGUGAAUUGUGUUUUUGGAAAGUAUGGUUUGCAAGUGAGUGAUCUCUAUGGCCAAUCCUAAGCAUUUGGCUUUUGGAUCAUCAAAUAUGAAGAAGUAAUAAAAUUUCUUUUUAUGAUAGGGCAA